AUGUCUUUUAAAAAUAUAAUUAAAAAUUUUCUUUUCAGCACCUUUUUCUGGUCACUGCUGGGUGUAUUUACUCUCAGCAAUGGUGGUGAUAGUGAUAUCUCUUGCUUAAAAUCCAUUAAAGAGUCACUAGAAGACCCUUUUAAUCUCUUUAAAUCUUCUUGGAAUUUCGACAAAGUUGGAGACGGUUUCAUCUGUGUAUUUACUGGGGUCCAAUGCUGGAAUUCGAAGGAAAGCAAAGUUUUAUAUAUCCAACUUUCCAACAUGGGCCUCACAGGCUGGUUCCCUCAGGGCAUUAAGAACUGCAAAUCCUUACAACGUCUAGACCUUUCAUUCAACAAGCUGUCCGGUGCCAUCCCAUCUGACAUAUCAACAAUGCUUCCUUCUGCAUCAGCACUUGAUCUAUCUAAAAACAAUUUCUAUGGUGAAAUCCCUACAGAUAUUGCAAAUUGCAUUUAUCUGAAUGCCCUUAUUCUUGAUAACAACAGGCUGACAGGUCAAAUACCUCAGCAACUUGGCCAGCUCACUCAAAUCAAGACCUUUACCGUUGCUAACAAUUUUUUGUCAGGACCAGUACCAAAUUUUGCCAUAGCCAGUGUCACGAAAGAGAGCUACGUGAAUAACAGCGGACUUUGUGGAGGGCCUUUGGAACCUUGCAAAUCAGACGAGCCUUUUAAAAGUGGGUUUAUUGUUGGUUAUGCGGCUUCUGCAGUUUCAGUUGUAACUAUUUUCAUGUCCUAUUGUGUGCCUUGGGAGCAAAUGAAGAAGAGGAAAAGGAUGACCCUCAAGAAGAACAAUAAGAGAAAAGAAGCUCAUAAGGUGACCAAAUUGCUACCUUCAAAGCUCCAAUGGAAAAGCAACAAACAGAUCUCUACUUUGGAGAGGUGGGUUACUAGAAUGACUUUUGCAGAGCUCAAUAAGGCAACUGACAAUUUUAGCUCUGAUAACAUCAUUGGAUUGGGAAAGAUGGGAACAGUAUAUAAGGCUACAAUGCCCAAUGGUCUGUUUCUUGCUGUUAAGAGACUAUAUGACUCUCCACAGCUGGAGAAACAAUUCAUGUGUGAGUUAACAAUUCUAGGUAGAUUGAGACAUUAUCACUUACUUCCCCUCUUGGGAUUCUGCAUAGAAAGGAAGGAGAAGAUUUUGGUAUACAAAUAUAUGUCCAACGGAAAUCUUUAUGAUUGGCUACAUUCUUUGGAAGAUGAUUCUAUGAAAUUAGAAUGGCUGUUGAGGGUUAGAAUUGCUGUUGGUCUAGCAAGAGGCUUGGCAUGGCUCCACCAUAAGUGCAAAAUCCGGAUAGUCCAUCUGAACAUAUGCUCAAAAUGCAUCUUACUUGAUCAGAAUUUUGAGCCUCAAAUAUCAAAUUUCGAAGAGGCGACAUCAAUCAAUUCAAAAAAUACUGAUCAUUCAAGGAGCUCCUCUAUAAACAAUGGGAUUUGGGAUCUGGAAUAUGUUACAAAAGAUGUCUACGACUUUGGAAUCUUGCUUCUAGAGCUGAUUACACGGUGGGAACCAAGUCAAAUAAGCAAUGCAUGUAUAAGUUCUAAUCUUUUAGCAAGCUCUUCUUGUCUAUAUGAAAUGAUUGACAAAUCUCUGAUCGGGAAUGAAUAUGAUGAAGAGAUCAUUCGGCUCAUUAAGAUUGCAUACGACUGUGUUCAGCCAUUUCCACAUCAAAGGCCAACAAUGGUUGAAGUGUACCAAAAAACAUGGGCUGUAGGGGUACGAUAUGGUAUUGCAUAUGAUUUCAGAAUAGUGAGGAGACCUCAAAUUGCUGCUGCUGCUGCUGCUAGUACUGGCGAUGAAAUCAUUGAGAUUGAAACAGCAGAAACCUAA